GCGGUUCGCGAAGGUGAACGAUACAGCUGGAACGAGGCUGCAACUCUCGGUCCCGAUGAAGGUCGUUCUCUUCGUGGGGAGUGUCCGUCCAGGUCGCAUGGCGGAGAGGGUGGCAAAAAUGGUCCGCAACUACAUAUCGCAGUGGGGAGACAUCGAAGUGAUAACCUUUGAUCCGCUUGAGAAGAGUCAUCUGACUGAAGUCAGGGAGCCGGUUCAUUUCUCUAGCAAUCCUUCCGAGAAUCUUCUUACGGAUCAGGAAACGAUCGAGAAUGCUGAUGGCUUUAUAGUCGUUUGUAGUGAAUACAAUCGGUCGAUACCCCCUGUUUGCUCCGCGAUGAUGUGCAACUUCCCGCCCAAAUCCUAUGCGGCUAAGCCAGUGGUUUUCGUCAACUAUUCAUUAGGUCAAUAUGGGGGCGUCAGCGCGACCAUGAAUCUGCGGCAGUUUUGCACCGAAUUGAGCAUGAUCCCACUGCAGGCGUCGAUAAACCUGCCGCUCGUGAACAAAACUGUUUCCGAGGACGGCCAUUUAGAAGACGCUACCUACGAGCGUCAAAUGGAGCGGGCCUUCUCCCAACUCCUGUGGUAUGCGAGAGUCAUGCGAAAAGCCCGAAUCGAGGGUGACGAUCCGUUCCCGGCUUGACUACAGAUUGCAUGCAGUCGGCAGGAACGAGGUGGCAAAUCUGCGGCUCGGACGGAAACGACGGAAAAUGGACCUGGGGAACGCACCUAUUCUGCUACGGCUCGACGUGAUAAUAACUCUAAUCGUGCCCCCCUGGAAGAACGGGGACGUCCUAAUCGACGUUUCGGGAGGACUCCACGAGAGGCAGGGAGGCAUGUCUCGUCAUCAAGGCUC